GCCAUGGCAGCUACUCCUAUGUACAGCUAAGCUAGGUUGACCUCAGUCUCCUGACCGAUUCUCCUGACUUCCCGUUAACUGCAGUGUGACGUUAUUCUCACUACUAUUUCUGAGCCUGUGCGAUAUUUGACGAUGCCACCGAAGAGUAGAAGCAAAAAGGCAACGAAGGGGAAGUCCUUGGCGGUGGUGGACGGCCUGUCCACGGAGGAGAUGUCCAAGGACCAGCUGGAGGAGCACAUCGUCCGCCUCCGGGAGGAGCUGGACCGCGAGCGCGAGGAGAGGAGCUACUUCCAGCUGGAGCGGGACAAGAUCCAGGCAUUCUGGGAAAUCUCCAAGAGGAGCCUGGAGGAGGAGAAGGCGGAGCUAAGGAACAGGAACGGGGAGCGAGCCGAGGCGGAGCAGCGCCACCAAGUGGAGAUUACUGUGUACAAGCAGAAGCUGAAGCACGUCCUGUCCGAACACCACGGCGCCGUCUCCGGGCGGAAGGCGGACGGGGUCGCCGCGACGACGCUGGCGCAGGACCGGCACGCGCGGUCCGAGCUCGGCCUCCGCGGAGAGCUGCGCGGCCUGCGGGCCGACCUCGGGGGGAAGGAGCUCGGCAGCCAGAGCGGCGCCGUGCAGCUGACGCUCAAACACCAGGUGGAGUUAAUGGAGAUGGCCAACAGCUGUGAUGACAGAAUACGAGAAAUUGAGGUGAAGUAUCACGAGAACACGCAGUCGGCGGCGGCGGCGGAGACCAAGCGGCAGCUGGCCGAGGUCGGCGACAUCGAGGAGAGGUCGAGGAGUCGCGUGGCGGCUCUGGUCGAGGACCACGACAGAGCGCUCAGGCGCGCUGAGGACUACUACUCCACCGUCCAGAAGAAGAUGCUGCAGGACCAGAAUACGCUGAAGGACGAACUGGCGACGGUGACGAAGCUGCAGGCGCGAGUGGACAACAAGCUCUCUGCGGCCGAGCAGGAGAACCGGCGUCUCAGCGAGUCUCUGCAGGAAGCCCGGCGGAAGCUUCCGGAGCUCCAGAAACGGCAGCAAGACUUCAAGCAGGCCAAGUCUCAGCUCGUGGCGACCAAAGCUCGAGCGAAGGUCCUGGAGAUGGAGCUCAGAGACGUGUCGGUGGAGCACGAGCUGCUGCUGCAGGCCUUCCAGAAGGUUCAGCAGGAGCGCGACGAGCUGCUGAGGAAGCAGACGGACGCCAUCCUGGACGUGCAGCAGAGGAGCGGCCUGAAGCACCUGCUGCUGGACAGGAAGCUGGCGGCGCUGACCGCCGCGGUGGAGAAGAAGGAGGCGCAGCUCUGCGCCGCGCUCUCGGCCUCCGGCGUCGACCGAACCGCCGGAGGCCGCGCCGCCGACAAACUGGAGGAAAUGCUGGCGUCGAAACAAGCGACCAUCGACGCCUUGAGGAGCGACUUGGCUCGAGACGCCAAGGAGUACGACGACCUGCUGCGGAGCUGCAAUGAGAAGCUGAAGGAUUCCGGCGUCCCCCUGUACGACUUCCCCUUCAGGCCUUCGGAGCGACUCCUGGGGGAACCGACCCGGGUCCAGGACUCUCCGGGACCGGCCUACGAAGAAUGAACGAGUCCAGGUCCAGGCGGGGUCAGCCGGCGGAGGCGGGGUCAGCCGGUGCCGUGGCUGCUGUACUCGAACACGCCCUUCUUGAAGAACGGCGACAGCUCACA